CAACACUAUAUCUUAUCCCCCCCACCCACCCCAAAUUUCUCAGUACUCGAUAGAAAAUGAUCAAAAGAUCACUUUCCAUUUCAUACGCCAACUAUUGUUUCCCGUUUCGAUGCGACAGGAGGCUCUUCUCUUGGUCUCCGUCCCUCUCUUUGCAUUCUGAUGUAGAAGUUCAAUUGAGAGUUCUUUGUGAGGCACCCAGUUCUCAGUUCACUGAAGCUGUUUCUUUCUUUCACCGAGCAAUAGAUUCCAGCGACUUGCCUUCUCAGUCCGCCUGUAAUUAUCUUUUAGAGUCCCUGGUAAAAUCUAAAAACUAUGAAUUGGCCUUUUCUGUUUAUAGCAAGAUGACCCACGCGGGUAUUUUGCCUAGUUUUGUAUCUUUGAGUCGUAUAAUUGAUUGUUUUGUGCAUACCCAUGAGAUCAAGUUUGCUUUUGGAGUAUUAGGUUUGAUACUAAAGCGUGGUUUUGUUGUUAGCUCCUAUGUUAUGAAUCUGAUGUUAAAGGGAUUGUGUAGAAAUGGUGAAGUUUGUAAGGCUUUGGAUUUAUUUAGCGAGAUGAAAAGGAGUCAUGUUUUGCCGGACAUUGUUAGUUAUAGUACGAUUAUGAAGGGACUCUGCAGGGAGAAGCGUUUGGAAAAUGCUUUAGAAUUGUUAGUUGAGAUGGAGGGAACAAAUUUUGAACCAGACGUAGUUACAUACUCUACUUUGAUGGAUGGUCUUUGCAAGGAUGGCAGAGUAGGACAGGCUGUGGAUUUGUUAGAGAAGAUGAAAAGAAAGGGAUUGGAGGCUAAUGUUAUUGUCUAUGGUGUGCUUGUGGAUGGCUAUUGUAAGAUUGGGCAGUGGAAAGAAGCUACUGCUAUGUUAAAUACAAUGAUGGAAAGUGGGAUUCGCCCUGAUGUUUGUAUUUAUACUAGUUUGAUUUCUGGACUUUGCAAAGAUGGAAAGACUACUAAGGCUAUGGACUUGUUUAAAUUGAUGCUGGAAAAGGGUGAAGAGCCUAGUGUUGUAACAUAUAAUGUUCUAAUAAGUGGACUAUGCAAGGAAGGUCUUGUUGGUGAUGCUCUUAAAAUCUUUGAAACGAUGUUGGAGAAGGGGAAGAAACCGGAUGUGGUUUCUUAUAAUACCUUACUGAUGGGACUUUGCAAUACUGGUAAGGUUGAUGAGGCAAUGAAACUUUUUAGUGCAGUCUUGAAGGAUGGAAAAUAUAUCGAGCCAGAUGUGAUUACAUUUAAUUGUCUAAUUCAAGGGCUGUGCAAGGAAGAUCAGCUUGAUGAGGCUGCUGAGAUCUAUCGUAUCAUGAUUGAGAGGGGGACCUCUGGUAAUUUGAUAACUUAUAAUAUUUUGAUAGGGGAAUAUAUAAAAGCAGGACAAAUUGACGAGGCUAUGCAACUAUGGAAACACAUACUUGAGUUGGGAUUUGUUCCAAACUCAAUUACCUACAGCACCCUGAUUUCUGGAUUUUGUAAAAUGGGCAUGCUUAAUGUUGCAAAAGGACUUUUGACUAAAAUGAGAGCUUCUGGGCUUAGACCUACACUGUCUGAUUACAAUAUGUUGAUGGCAUGCUUGUGCAAGGAGAGCAGCUUGGAGCAAGCAAGGAUGUUGUUUCAAGAAAUGAGGAACUCAAACUAUGAAUUAGAUAUCAUCGCUUUCAAUACGUUGAUUGAUGGAACUAUGAAAUCAGGGGAUAUUCAAUCUGCCAAAGAAUUACUGAUGGAGAUGCUUCAAAUGGGUUUGACUCCUGAUGCAUUUACCUACUCCAUAAUAAUAAAUAGGUUUUCGAAACUCGGACAACUGGAACAGGCUAAAGUAUAUUUUGAUAGAAUGAUUUCCUCUGGCUUUAAGCCAAGUAUCCAUGUCUAUGAUUCAUUACUUAAAGGUUUUGGUGCACUAGGUGAAAUGAAAGAGGUUAUAAAUUUGCUUCGACAAAUGGCAGAUGAGAAAGUUGUUAUUGACUCAACGACGACACAUACCAUCUUGAAUUGUCUGUGCUAUAGUUCACAGGGUGCUGAUAUAGUGAAGCUUUUGCCAAAUUUUGCCCCAGAAAUACCAGAAGGGACAAGCAUCUCUUGCGAUGAGUUGUUGAUGAAAAUACAAGAAUGUAGCCCAGAAUUUCAAGUAUGCCCUACUUAAUAUUUUCCCAUCUGCAGAACAAUUUUCUUGGGCAACAACAUAUCCCCCAUGGUUCUCCCUAAGCAACAGUCGUGAUAUAUCUUCUGGUGGAGUUGGGAUUCUUCUGGAUUGGCAAUCUACACUGCCCCUUCCUCAACCACUCUUACCCAUGCCAACCAUCGCUUCCCAUCAGAAUUCCUUAUAUUACUUUGCUUGUGUCUGAGUUGUCCUCUCCGCUCUUUAAACAUCCUCAGAAUUGAACCAAUCCUCAAUAUUCCCAACAGUUGAAUCUGUAACUUGCUUGGCAGUGGCUCGCAACUAAUGCAGUGUCUCAUACACCUUUUCUUCCAUAUUGACAUCAAGAACGAGUUCUAAGAGAGCAGAAAGCUCAGGCUCUUCAGUUUUGUGCCUUUUCUAUUUUAAUGGGGAGGCGAUGAUUGGCUAAAGGAGAUUGGAUUUUGGAUUGGUAUCAUAUUGAUGGGAUUAGAUUCUGUCCAUCUUAACGCUGGGUCAGUGUAGCAAUAUCCUGGGCUCUUUGUGAUGAUCAUAUCAAGUUAACUGUCUUUCAAAGAAAGGCAAACAAUUCCCUUUGCCUGAUAAGUGGAGUUCAGAUGCAUCUGAAUGACUAUAGAAGACACAACAAUUGUGGCAGCCAAAGUAGAAAUGCUUGGAAGUGAAGAGGGAGAUUCAAGAUCAAUGCCAUAAUUCAUAAGCAGCUAUUCCAAUGGAGAGGAAGGUCAAGAUUGUUUUUAAGAGAUUCAAACAGCUAUAUGCAAUGCAAUAGCAUCAACUAAAGCUUAUACUCAGUGAGGCAAAACCUUUUAGGCUUUUGUAGCUCAUAGUAAGCUUAACGAAGCAGCUUGCGUGUAGAUGCUGGAUAUUAUUCUGAAAUGGAUAGAACAAAAGCGGCAUAUUAUUUGUCAAACCGCCAUCUGAAGCAGUCUUAUUUUGGUUGCAUCUCCCAGAAAUUUAGAUAAUAUAUUAUCUCUGUUCUUUCCCUAUGCAUUUGGCAGAAAGUUAAGCUGGUUGAGCAUCAUCUAGUCAUUGUAAAUGUCUGGAUUUUGAAUAUAAACAAAGGAAGGAAUGUGUUUUUUAGUAUGUA